AUGCCGUCGGCCAUGUCAAGUUCUUUGGCAGGUCGAGCUCCGGCCGUCCUCCGACAUGGUCGACGAGUCCCGACAGCUCUGACCAGCCGUAACUUCACUCUCGCCGCUUCCAACAGUCUGGCUAGGGCUCAGCUUCAGAACAGCAGCGCGAAGCUGUUGCAGAGGCGCCUCUUCUCCUCGAGCGCCCUUCGCCCUAGUGUUGCGCAAUCUGCGCCGAACCCCAAGGCGUAUCUGGAGAGCGGCGCAAUCAAGCCUUCUGCCAGCGUCGAUGUCAAGAAGGUGCUGGUCAUCGGCAGCGGUGGUCUGGCCAUUGGUCAAGCUGGAGAGUUUGACUACUCAGUCACCAAGGAACCCACUGCUAACAAGACUCGCCAUGAAGGAUCGCAAGCUCUGAAGGCUCUGAAGGAGGCGGGCGUUCAGUCCGUUCUUAUCAACCCGAACAUUGCCACUAUUCAGACCGACCACGCGCUCGCCGACGAGGUUUAUUACCUGCCUGUCACCCCGGAAUACGUGACAUACGUAAUCGAGAAAGAGAAGCCCGAUGGUAUCUUCCUCUCCUUCGGUGGCCAGACCGCCUUGAACCUCGGUGUUCAGAUGCAGCGUUUGGGUCUCUUCGAGAAGUACGGUGUCAAGGUCCUUGGAACUAGCGUCAAGACUCUCGAGACCAGUGAGGAUCGCGACCUUUUUGCUCGCGCUCUCGAUGAGAUCAACAUCCCCAUCGCCAAGUCGAUUGCAGUCGGAACCAUCGAGGAGGCCCUCGAUGCCGCCGAGAAGGUCGGAUACCCCAUCAUCGUCCGUGCUGCUUAUGCGCUCGGUGGUUUGGGAUCCGGUUUCGCAAACAAUGAGGAGGAGCUUCGCAACAUGGCUGCCCGCUCCCUCACCCUGUCUCCCCAGAUCUUGGUCGAGAAGUCGCUGAAGGGCUGGAAGGAGGUUGAGUACGAGGUCGUCCGUGACGCAAACAACAACUGCAUCACUGUUUGCAACAUGGAGAACUUCGACCCCUUGGGCAUUCACACUGGAGACAGUAUUGUUGUUGCUCCCAGUCAAACCCUGAGCGAUGAGGAGUACCACAUGUUGCGAUCCGCCGCCAUCAAGAUCGUCCGUCAUCUUGGUGUUGUGGGAGAGUGCAAUGUUCAGUACGCACUCCAACCUGACGGACUUGAUUACCGUGUUAUUGAGGUCAACGCCCGUCUUUCUCGUUCUUCUGCUUUGGCUUCCAAGGCUACUGGGUACCCUCUCGCCUACACCGCUGCCAAGAUCGGUCUGGGCCACAGCCUUCCCGAACUUCCCAACGCCGUCACCAAGACCACGACCGCCAACUUUGAGCCUUCUCUUGACUACAUCGUCACCAAGAUCCCCCGCUGGGAUCUUUCCAAGUUCCAGCACGUCAAGCGCGACAUCGGCAGUGCCAUGAAGUCUGUCGGCGAGGUCAUGGCUAUAGGACGUACUUUCGAAGAGUCUUUCCAGAAGGCUAUUCGUCAAGUCGAUCCCAAGUUUGUUGGCUUCCAGGGCGACAAGUUUGAGGACCUCGACUAUGAGCUCCAGAAUCCUACUGACCGCCGCUGGCUCGCCGUUGGUCAGGCCAUGCUCCACGAGAACUACUCUGUUGAUCGGGUCCACGAGCUGACCAAGAUUGACAAAUGGUUCUUGUACAAGCUGCAGAACCUUGUCGAUUGCCAACGGGCUCUCGAGAGCACUGGAAGUCUGGAGAACCUCAAGAAGGACCAGAUUAUCAAGGCCAAGAAGCUUGGUUUCUCCGACAAGCAGAUUGCUCUCGCUGUUGGUAGCACCGAGGACAAGGUCCGCGCCGCUCGUCUUGCCUUUGGUAUCCGUCCCUGGGUCAAGAAGAUUGAUACUCUUGCGGCCGAGUUCCCCGCUGACACCAACUACCUGUACACGACUUACAAUGCCUCAUCUCAUGAUGUUGUCUUCGAGGACAAGGGCACUAUCAUUCUGGGAAGCGGCGUGUAUCGCAUUGGUAGCUCCGUUGAGUUUGAUUGGUGUGCCGUUAGUGCCACCCAGGCUCUGCGCCAGAUGGGUAACAAGACGGUCAUGAUUAACUUGAGCUACGAGCGUGUAAUGGAUAUUUACGAGCUGGAGAGUGCUUCCGGCGUUGUUGUGUCCGUCGGUGGUCAGCUUCCUCAGAACAUUGCCCUCCGUCUCCAGGAGACCGGCGGCGCUAAAGUUCUUGGAACCGACCCUAAGGACAUUGACAAGGCUGAGGACAGACAGAAGUUCUCCGAGAUCCUUGACAGCAUCGGUAUCGACCAGCCCGCCUGGAAGGAGCUUACCUCCGUCGAGGAGGCCGAGACUUUUGCCGACCAGGUUGGCUACCCCGUUCUUGUCCGCCCUAGUUACGUUCUUUCCGGCGCUGCCAUGACUGUUAUCCACAGCCAGGAGGACCUCAAGGAAAAGCUCGAGGCCGCUGCCAACGUUUCUCCCGAUCACCCCGUCGUCAUCAGCAAGUUCAUCGAGGGCGCUCAGGAGAUUGACGUCGACGGUGUUGCUUCCGAGGGUAACCUGAUCCUCCACGCCGUCAGUGAACACGUCGAGCAGGCCGGAGUCCACUCUGGCGAUGCCACCCUCGUUCUGCCCCCCGCCAACCUCGACCAGACCACCAUGGACCGUGUCAAGGAUAUUGCCGAGAGAGUCGCCAAGGCCUGGCGCAUCACUGGUCCCUUCAACAUGCAAAUCAUCAAGGCCGACAACCCUGAGGGCGGCGAGCCUGCGCUGAAGGUCAUUGAGUGCAACCUUCGCGCCUCCCGUUCCUUCCCCUUCGUUAGCAAGGUUCUUGGCACCAACUUCAUUGAUGUUGCUACAAAGGCUCUUGUCGGUCAGCAGGUUCCCAAGCCCGUCGACCCCAUGGCCGUCAAGCGCGACUAUGUUGCCACCAAGGUGCCUCAAUUCUCCUGGACCCGUCUCGCCGGCGCCGACCCCUUCCUUGGCGUUGAGAUGGCCUCCACUGGUGAGAUUGCUUGCUUUGGCAAGGAUCUCGUCGAGGCCUACUGGACCUCUCUGCAGUCAACCAUGAACUUCCGCAUGCCCGAGCCCGGCGAAGGUCUGCUCUUUGGCGGCCAGCUUAACAAGGAGUGGCUCCCUACUGUUGUCAACUAUCUCGCCCCCCUGGGCUACAAGCUGUACGCAGCGGACAACGAGGUCAAGGAGUUCCUGGAGUCGAGCGCUAAGGGUAAGAUCUCGGUCGACGUCAUCGAGUUUCCCAAGGAGGACAAACGCGCCCUCCGUGAAGUCUUCCAGAAGUACGACAUUCGCGGCGUCUUCAACCUGGCCAAGGCCCGUGGCAAGACCAUCAUGGACGUCGAUUACGUCAUGCGCCGCAAUGCUGUCGACUUUGGCGUUCCCCUGUUCAUGGAGCCCAAGACUGCCAUGCUCUUUGCUCAGUGCAUGAGUGAGAAGCUGCCCCGCAAGGAGGGCAUUCCCUCCGAAGUCCGCCGCUGGUCCGACUUCCUCGGUGGCAAGCCGUUGUAA